AUGGAGUCGGGCACGGGGGAUGGGAGUGUGCCGAUGGCAUCAGCACGUUGGUGGAUGUGCCCUCUCCGUCGACACCAUUCCCAGCCAGAACUUGUUGUCAGAACGCCCUCUGCUCGAAGCCAUCACAAUUCCAACGAGCCACAGUGCCAUCCCCCGUCCGCCAACAAUGCAACGAUAAAAGGAAAGCAAACAACUGCACAACACAAGGGGACGCCGCAGGGGCCAACGCACGCACACAGACCACGGUCUCCAGGUCUCUCUGCUUUGGUGCAGCUGACGAGCGGCCCCUCCAUCCCUAUCUACGGACCUAACGCUCACAUUCGACACAGUGGCACUUAA